CAGAUAAAUUAGCAUAUUUAGGAUCAUUAAAAGAAUAUAUAAAAGAUUUUAAUUUUUCAUUGACUAAUAGAGAAAAGAUAGAUUUUUAUUUUGAGAAACAAAAUAAAAAAGAUGACUCAAAAAAUGCAACUGAUUCAUAUUUGCUAGAAUUUACACGUAUACUUCAAUUAUUAGAGGAAAAUAAUGACAAAAACAAGUUAUUGAUUGAGACAAGAAACAAAAAUAUUUAUCUGAUACUUAGUGAGAAUCGAAUCGAGAAAUGGUUAAAGAAUAAUUGGUGUCAUCAUGGAUCAAUUGUAAAAUUAAAAGCUCCCAAAGAAAUUUGUAUACGAAUUAAAAAUCUAAUAGAUGGUCGAACAAACGAAACAGAAUUUAAAGCUCUGUGGGGUUACAACAACAAGGAUAAUAAAUUAUUGAGGGAUCAUAGUGUUUUUUGUGCGUUUGCUAUGAUGAUUCGAGUAAUCAAAAUGUCUAAACUUUGUAAUUUUGAACAGGAUGAUCAAGAUUAUAAGAAACAAAAUUUUAAUACCUGGUGGCAAGAUGAUUUUCAAUCAAAUUUUCAUAGACCUAUUAUGUAUCCUAAUAAUGAAGGUCAUAUUGUUGAAUAUCUUCAAGUUAAAGUUUUAAGAAUAACCAAAAAAGGAAAAAAUGAAAAUUUCAAAGAGAAUCAGAAUUUUUUAGUAAAUAAAGAAUCUAAAAAGAUUAUUAGAUCUCAUAAAUGGUACAAGAAAGAAGCAAAUAUUAUUGACGAGAAUGAUCAAAAUUUUGUUAAUCACAUGUUUCCAGAUAUCAAAAUUGAUAAGAUCAAAUUUAAAAAUAAUUAUA